GUCCACCACCACUACCCGACUUCUAUUCACUCCUUGACCAGCCGUGUUCCAUUGCUGUGCAACGCCGCCGGGAAAUCUCCUUCAAUCUGGCGUCUUCUCACUGAGCCACUGCUCCCUCCCUUCCAGCCUGCGGGCUGCCGCCAAUCCGCCAUUCGUCCAUUCGCUAUACUUAAAUUAUACCCAUCAUGCCGCCCAAAUCCCGCUUCAUGAAGCUCGACGCCUUCACCAAAACCGUCGAAGAUGCACGAAUCCGCACCUCCACCGGUGGUCUGGUCACCAUUACAUCGCUCAUCCUCAUCCUCUAUCUGGUGUGGGGAGAAUGGAGCGACUACCGAAGGGUCGUCGUGCACCCGGAACUUAUCGUCGACAAGGGGCGUGGCGAGAAGAUGGAGAUUCACUUGAAUGUGUCCUUCCCUCGCGUGCCCUGCGAGCUACUCACCCUCGAUGUGAUGGACGUGAGUGGAGACGUGCAGACGGGUGUCAUGCAUGGAGUGAACAAGGUCAGGCUUGAUCCAAGCGGACGAGAGCUGUCCAAAGAAGCACUGAACGUGAACGGCGAAGAUCAGGCACAACACAUGGACCCGGACUAUUGUGGAGAGUGUUACGGAGCACCCGCUCCUGCCAAUGCGAAGAAAUCUGGAUGCUGCAACACUUGUGCCGAAGUACGGGAGGCAUAUGCCGGUGUGAGCUGGUCGUUCGGGAGAGGCGAGAACGUGGAACAGUGCGAGAGAGAGCACUAUGCUGAGCACCUGGACGAGCAGAGAAAGGAGGGAUGCCGGAUUGAGGGCGGUAUUCGCGUGAACAAGGUCGUGGGCAACUUCCACCUUGCCCCUGGAAAGAGUUUCAGCAAUGGGAACAUGCACGUUCACGAUCUGGACAACUACUUUAAGAGCGGAGAGGUCCAGCAUUCCUUCACACACAAGAUCCAUCAUUUGCGAUUUGGUCCGCAACUACCGGAUGACAUUGUGCAACGAGUGGGCAAGAAGGGCAUGGCCUGGUCCAAUCACCACUUGAACCCUCUGGACAACACGGAACAAUUCACAGAUGAGGUUGCCUACAACUACAUGUACUUUGUGAAAGUCGUUCCGACUGCGUACUUGCCUCUGGGUUGGGAGAAGACCAACUCGAUACUGGACAUCCCCCACGAGCUGGUCGAGCUUGGAGGCUAUGGCAAAGGUGAAUCUGGUAGCAUCGAGACUCAUCAGUAUUCUGUAACCUCGCACAAGCGAUCUCUGUCGGGAGGAGAUGCGAAGGAGGAAGGCCACGCCGAGAGACUACAUGCUAGGGGUGGUAUUCCCGGCGUGUUCUUCUCAUAUGACAUCUCACCCAUGAAGGUCAUCAACCGAGAGGCCCGCGCGAAGACCUUCUCCGGCUUCUUGGUCGGCGUCUGCGCUGUCAUAGGAGGCACGUUAACGGUCGCCGCUGCCGUGGACCGGCUCUUGUACGAGGGCGGCUCCAAGUUGAAAAAAUAUCAUGCAAGCUAGAUGCAUGUCUAGGAUCAGCAUGAUAUACGAUAGAUGUACUUGUUUCCACUAUUUGAGCAGCAUGGUCCGGAGUCAUCGUGUGAAUACAGAAUCGCGGCGUUUGGGAGACGUGUUGAGUAACAACUAGAGCACGCAUGAAAAGGCUGCGAGCUGGGUUUGAGAAUGUGCAGUGUGAAAUUAGGAGGGGCUGGAAGGUUUGGCAGGGUGGUCGCGUAGAGUUCAGUCUAUGCUGCGUGAAGCAUGUGAGUGCACUUCACGUGAAGUUCACGUUGUGUCAACGAUGUUUGCACAUUGCCUUUCGCUCACUUAUUUCUCAACGGUUGCUGACCGGUAGAUCUCGCCUCGUUUCGCGUAAUUCUCACUUCACCCAAAGCUCAC